AUGCUCUCACGCAGAAGUCGAGGAUCGUCGCCGCCCGCCGUCGCCUCGGCCGGUCUCCAAGACUCAGGUGCGGAUCAAGACACAAGUGCCAUCAACCGACACGCCGACCGACUCGCCUCAAUCGCAGGAUGUCUGCCGUCGCCGCAGCCCAAGAUGCCCGGCGGUGAGAAAGGUGCCAUGACUUCCUGCAGACUCGGGAACACAGAACACGAUUCGUCAGUUGUCUGGCUGCUUUCGGUGUGUAUGCCCAUCAGGUCUGACGUUACUGCCGUCCCAUGGUGCCGUCCCAUGGUGCUGUUUCGUCCAGUGCUGCCGGAGAGGGAUGCGGAGGACGCAAAAGAGACGAUGAAUGGCUUCACACACGGCAUCUCUCCGUGUACGUGAGCUCAGCUCUGGGCCAGUCCGGUCCAUUCGUCGCGUCUACGGUACACAAAGACAUAGACACAGCCUCGCACACACCCAGGAACCAAUUCAUGUGUGUGUGUGUGCCAUUGGUUGUUUUGCAGGGCCGCGCUGGCGGCGAUGCGUUUGCAGCCGUUCUGUCGGAGCUUGACCGUCAGCUUGUUUUCCCUUCAGCAAAGUGGACCGGCUGUGCAGAAACACUACCUCACUCUCGCGUAGGCAUUAGCAAAGAAGGAAGCAGGACAGCAGCACAGGUGCGGUGCGUCUGUGGUGUGUCUGUGCUGCAUGUGUGUGUAUAGGGCUCCUUCGAUCCCACCAGCAGGAGCUGUUCGGGCCGGGGCCCGUGUCGCAGCAGCUGCAGCGACAGAUCGUCGACCGCCUCAUGCGCAUCUGA